AUGGGGAACCAACCACCUUCUAUAACCUACAAACGGUUGAGAAAGUUGCCGCCGGAAAAGAGACAGAAAGUGUCCUCGGCUUGCGACUCGUGCAAAAAGAGGAAAUACAAAUGCUCGGGCUUGACUCCGUGUGACUUGUGUGUCAAGAAAGGGUUUGAGUGUACUUAUACCAUCAUUGACAAGAGAUCAUUGAAGAGUGAGAGAAUGGCCCAGAUAAAGGAAAAGAAAUUGAGACAAGAACAGGAGGAGUUGCAACGGAUCAAAGAACAGCAGCAACAGCAGCAGCAACAGCAGCAGCAACAGCAACAGCAACAACAGCAACAACAGCAACAACAGCAACAACAACAACAACCACAGAGCUAUGGUGAUCCACAAUAUCACCCUGCUCGUGAUCCAUAUCCUAGCCAGCAGAUUACUCCGCCUGACGGCCCAAACCAUUUCUAUAGUCACCACCACCAUCAGCACCCACAACAACCACAACAACCACAACAACAUCCGUAUGGACCACCGCAAAGCCAAAUGCCCGCUCCUCCACUGCCUCCGGUUGAUAGUGGCUACUCGCUGCGUCAGCUGCUUCCCUAUCCAGAUCAACAACCCCGCUAUUCACCACAACCGAUUCAGCAGUUACCGAGAGCUUCGCCUCUGAAAUUUGCGCAGCCUCUCGGCCAAAUGAGACCUCCAGAUUCCCACCCGAGUUCGUCUUGCAGCCUACCUACAAUACAACCCCAACCAGAGCAACAGCAGCAACAGCAUCAAUAUUAUCAUCAAGUUCCACCUUUACCUCAACCUCAAUCGCAACCUCAGCAGCACCACCACCAACACCAGCCUGCUCCACCUCUACCCCCACAAGGACAGCCACUGCAUCAUAGCAUGCCAACUCCAGAAACGACUCCCAGCUCAAAUGCAGAAACACCUGGUGGAGGAGCAGGAGGCAAAAGAUACAUUCCCAAGUCAUUGCAACCUUUAUUGUCUUUUCCCUUGAAUUCUAAAAAGAGAUCACUUGACGAAGUUACUGAGGGUGACGAAGCCGGCAACAACAGUAAUAAUAGUAAUAAUGAUAAUAAUAAUGAUAAUGAUAAUAGUAAUAGCAGUCGUGAUGACGACGUGCCGAUAGAAGAAGACGAAGAAGCAGGAUCCAAGGAUGAAGAAAAGGAUGGGGUUGAUAACCAAGCUGGCAAAAGCUGCAUCUUGUUGAAUGACCAAACCGGCACUUUUAGAUACAUGGGAGAAACAAGCCCGCUUUCGUUGCUUUACGAGACGCGGAACAUCUUUUACCAGUACGUGGGCUCGACAAAGCUCACCGAGGAUUUAAGAGGGUGUCCCGUUAUCGACAAGCCAUUGAAAGUGGUCAAGGAAAUCACCGGCUUGCCGUCGGUUGAAGAUCGAGAUAUCUACAUUCAGCAAUUCAAGAGAAAUAUCAAUGAUACGUUUUUUGUUUACGACAUUGACACUUUCUACAAGAAUAUCGUCAAUCCGAUCUAUGACGACCCGCUCGCUGAGGACAACCAAAACAAAAUGGUUCAAUUGUAUUUUGUCCUUGCAAUUGGGGCAACCUACUAUGACUUUUCUCGCAAGAUUCCAGCAGCUGAACUCGGUGCCAAGUUUUUCAACACGGGACGCUACUUGUCGCAAUCGCUCGUUGAAGAUAGUGAACUUUGGUGUGUGAUUAGCAACUACCUCCAGUUCCACUACUACCAAUCGAUCCUCAAGAAAUCCACAGCGUGGAUCCACUUAAACAUCGCCAUCAAGUUUGCGCAGUCAUUGGGUCUACACCGAAUCUUUAUCAAUGAGCAAUUCUCCAAUUUGGCUGACGAAGCAGAGUACCGCAAGCGGAUAUUCCGCUCGCUUUACUCAUCAGACCGGAUCUCAUCUGUCUUCAUUGGUCGGCCAUUGAACAUCAACGACUAUGACUGGGACGAUCCCACGCGGUUCAAGCCUUCGAUAACUCUAGUGCUGAAUCUCAAUUUCAACGCUCGUUGCCAGAUUGAAGUUGCCAAAAUCAGCACUCUUAUAGGCAAGAUUGUUGCCAAUUUCUAUCAGAACCGCAUCAUUGACAUUGCGCGCACCAAGAGCUUGGCAGUGCAACUCAAGUCAUGGUCAGCCAACUUGGACCCGAUUUUCCAAAUCGACAACAUCUUGAAGCCAAACGAUAUCCCGAGCAACGAAGACGGGGGAAACACUCAGAUUGUGCUCAUGAUGCAUUUGUUGCAGCUAUACGCCAUCAUGCUUUUGUGUCGCCCCUUUUUCAUGUUUGAUGCCGUGGCCAACGUCAACAAGGCCCAUCAUGACACAACACUCAAGGAUACCCAGUCCUCGAAACAGUUUUGCCAAGCUGCAACAAAGGCAAGCAUCCUCGCCGUGAAGUUGAUGAAUCACUACAUCAACACCGCGUUUGUCGACGUCAAGCGGAUGGAGUGUUAUGUCAUUAUCACGUGUUGCUUUUACAGCUCCAUCUUUAUCGGGAUUGCCAUUUUGAACGGUGGGUUUGAAGAAGAAGGCUAUGCUGAGUCCGACUUGAUAAAUUUGUUGCGCAAUGCCGUUUACAUCUUGGAGCACUAUUCAACUUGCAACAAGGGUGCCGAGAGGUAUGCUGAGAUUGGUACUGAUUUGCUUGUCGCGUUGGCCAACCGAAAGAAGAGCAAGAGAAGCGGAGAGGUACUACUGGUUGGCGUUGAUGGGGAAGAAGUAGAAGAAGAGGAGGAGGAAGAUGAAGAUGAAGAUGCAUUGAAUUGCUUCAAUUUCGGCGACGAAGUGAACAAUGGUGAUUUGCAAAGUUUGAUCAACUUUCAACAGUUGUUUGUCAGUAAUGAAACUGCUGGUGUUGGCAAGGUCGGAAGCUCGAAUAUGCCCUAUGAUUACGGCAAUUAUGACUUGUUCUUCAAUGACAAGUUUUAA